AUGCGUCUUUCGAUAUCCUGUGAUGCCUGUCGGCAAUCAAAGGUCAAAUGUGUCCAUGACGGCCACCCUCCCUGUCGGCGAUGUCAACGCCUCAAUCGCCAGUCCUGUGUACUCACAGACCCGCGGUCGUCGCCUUUGCGCCCCAGACGAGACUUAUUGCGUGUUCAGUCAAAGACAAGACCGGCCUCUAGGUCGGGAGCAGAAAGCUGUCCGGUGAACGGAAACAAUGGCAGACAGUGGUGUCCAGUUGCCACAUCUUCCAACCCAAUUGCUUCAAUUCCCUCGUCCGUACUCAUCAAUGCCUGUGACAUCUAUCGCAAAAAGUUUCCUGUGGCCAACUUCCUUCAUUACCCAUCACUGAUUGCGGAAAUCUCUACGAAUUCCUCGUCGGUGGAUUCGGUAUUCGUGGCUUCAUUACUCGCCCUCUGUGCGCGAUUCCUGCCGGAGCAUCAGCUGCAACCUGGAGAGAUAUACGCCGAGUAUGCGCGGGUGCAGUUGGCUCAUCGGGCCUUUGAAGGCCCUUCUCUUUACUUGGCACAAUCUUUGGUAAUCGUUUCGUUAUACGAAUGGGGGUCGGGCCGCCCUUAUAAGGCGUGGAUGUACAGCGGAAUGGCCACAUACAUGAUUCAAUCGCUCCUGAAGACUGCAGACGACAGUAUGGAACACAAUCCGGAUGAGUUUCAUGCCUCCCAGAUUCAAUACGAACAGCUAGUCCGCACGUACUGGUGCUGCUUCGCCCAAGACUGUGAGCUGAGCUCUGGUGCCCGUCAACAUUUCGCCCUAUCUUUUCGCCAGAUAUCGGUACCACUACCCAUUGGUGACCAUGAUUUCAAUUUUGGUCGGCGAGCAUCUCGUCGCCUGAUGCCUGCUAACCUCACCCGAGACUCUCCUCUUUCCGCUGCGAUGACCAUUGAUCACGGCUUGACGAUCGUCACGCGCGGCUUCGACAUUUUUGUGCGUAUCCUGCGCUUUGCGAACGAAAGCCGUCGCGGCCGGACAUCAUCAUCGUUGAACACCGAGCUAUCGCCGCAGAAAACAUGGGAAAAUCUCAAAGAGGAAUUGGAUGAAUGGCGAUCCCUGCAGGACGUGACGGUCCGGUAUCCAAGUACGAGUGCCCAAGCACAUGUGGCGCUAGGAUACGGGGAGCUUUUCGCCUACAUCAACUUGGUCUAUUUCAUGAGGCAAGUCUGA